AUGAUGUUCUUUAUUCAAUGUUGCCUUCUUUUUCCAUUGCUUCGCACUGUGCAAGGUGUUCAACCGAUUGUAAUUUUGCCUUCGGUGAUCAGCUGGGAUGCUCCGAACGAGAUUAUUGUGACGUCAUUUCGACAAAUACGUCCAGUCGAUGUGACGGUUACUGUGGCAUCGGGUUUUGAGAGUACUGUAGAGCGGGUUUACAAUCAACAAAGUGGAAGGCCGAUCAAGGUGGAGGUGACUCCAACGCAGAAAUCUCAAGUUUACAAUGUCAGCGUUAGAGUUUCGGAACACGAUUUGUUUGAGACUUCGUUAAUUGGGACGACGUCGUUGAAAAAUGUCAUUAUUCAGACGGAUAAGAUGAUCUACAGGACUAGCGAAGAAGGUAAGAAAAUUUUGUAGUCAUAUUUAUUCAGUCAUUUACUUCUGCAAAAUUUCUUUCUCCAUAAUCUUCUUUAGUCAUCAUCCGAGCUCUCCCCAUUACAAAAGAUGGCCAGAUUUACAAAGGAAUCGUCCAAUAUCACCUUGAGGUAUGCUUGUAUCCAAUAUUAUUGAUUUGAGAUUUAGAAUCCAAGUGGAUUUCGGAUUAUGAAGAAAUUGGAAAAAUCGACUGGUCGAUUUGUAUCUUUUAACUUUACUUUACCCGCAUUUGGGAAGUUUGGAAAAUGGAGAAUUAUAGCGAUGGCUGAGAGUAGCAAUCAAGUCCUUGGAAGCACUUCAAUUCAGCUCAAAGAAUACGGUAAUUUAACUAUUUUUUUAUUUUAUGUUUUUAGUUCUGGCCAAAUUCUUUGUCACCCUUGAUGCAUGGCCUUCAGGAGAUACUGAUAGCCCUGUUACAGUGGCAGUUGGGGCUCGGUAAGUCUGAUUUUUCUGUCUUUCCAGGUCGUAUUUUGCCUUAUUAUUACUUUAACUGUCAUAAAAAAUAUAAUUUUAGAUUUGCUCACGGCAAACCAAUGAACGGAAAUCUUGUUCUGAAAUGCACCCGAUUGGGAGAACUCGAUAAUACCCAUAGCCUUCAAAUUGUGGCAAAAGGAGAGGUGAGUUGA